CGGUCUCCUAGAAGCUUAUAAAAGAUCGUAAUUAGAGGUCAUCGUGCGUCUUAGAUUCAAUGCCAAUGCACAAACACGGUCAGACUGCACAUUUCCACAAUGCGAUUCUCGUUCGAUUUCGGGUAGUACUGCGUCGAUAUUUGAUCAUAGUUAUGUUAUUUACGCGGUUCUAACUGCAAUAAAUUAAUAAUAAUAUAACAUAAUAAUAUAGAGUUUAAGUAUUGAAAAGUUUUAACGCGCUACUAGCAUUUCCAAGAUGCGCCGGACACGGGUCGUCUAAGGCUACUAUAUUAUAUUGUAUAAUAUAAAAUAUACCAAAAUAAUUCAAGAUAUAUCAGAGACGAUUAUCAAAUCGAUCAACAGCUGUGGAUUUAUUUUUAAAUUUCGACCAUGAAAACGGAUAAAAAAAUGGUGCUGAUUUUUCUUUCAUUCCUGGUUGUUGCUCAUUGCACGGACUUGCAGCCACUGGCGAGCAGCGACGAAGAGAACCGAGUAGAUCCGUUCGACAGACUAGCCGCAGGUGUCGGUGGCGGCAACCCGCACCCCGAAACGAGCGUUACCGAGUCGACCACGACUCCGGCGGCCGUCGACGGCCACCGGUCAGGCAGACAGUAUUACCAACAGUCGGCGGCAUUCGCGUUCCAGCCAUAUCCGCAGCGCAGGGCAUACAACAAGAACCCGGGCCAGCCGAUGAAGAGGCCCAAGUUCAGGACGAAACCCGGCGGUGGAAGGCGGGGGCUGAGGCCACGACGCAGGCCGUCCAUGUCUGGUGGGCCACCGACGAUGCCUUCGGCGACCGGUUCGCGGUACAGGCGGUUACCAUCACCGGCUCCGAUGUUGCGCCCUCAGCACGUCAACUAUAUCGACACGGCGGGUGGAGCGGACUACGAUGACGGUUUCGAGUCAGCGCCAUUGCCCGUGUCGUCGUUAGACUACGGCGACAUGCGUGAAUUUGACCACGAAUCGGCCGCUUACGCUUACGGGCCGCCGCUGCAGGCCGUCGCUGGUGGUCGGUCACGCAAGCGUCCCGUCAUCGUCGCCGCCGCCUCCACCGUCGGGUACGCCGACGAAACGCGUCCGGCGGGCAUCGUGCACGUGCCGAUGCGCGUCAUUCGGCCCACCGCACCUCCGCGGUCGACCGCCGCCAACGAAGUGGACGCGGUGGCUGACCCGAUGGACAAGCUCAGACAGUUGGUGCACGAGGCAAUGGACGAGCACUUUGCCAACCGGCACCAAGAUCUGUACGGCGACGGGUUCGGAAAACAGCAUCAGCAGCAGCAGCAACAGCAACAGAACCAUCCGAACAUGCAGCAGGUGUACAGCGCCAAGUACAAGCGGCAACCGCCUACGCCCGCCGACAGGGAGAAGGCCCUACACCACGAUCAUGAACAACAGCGAACGGCCGACGCAGUGAGGUCUGCCACGGCGGCCGUACAGCCAUCGCAGUCAUCAUCCGUCAAGGCGACCAAAGACGCGGACGUGGACGCGGACGGUUCGGACGACCGGCUGACGUUGGCCGAGAUAUCUGCGUACAUGGGCGCUAAACCCGCGGAAACGGUACUCAGCGCCGGCGGUCACCGGUACGUGUUGUCUGACGCACUGCAGCAGAGCUACCGACACCAACAGCAACAGCGCCAACAGCUAGAUCACCAUCACCAGCAGUACAGCGGCGAUGACCAUCACCAUCAGUACGGCGGCGAGGACCAUCAUCAGCCGCAGUAUUUGCCUUACGUGUCGCCGUUCGAGGCGCUUUACGAGCUGCCGGCCGCUCGGUGGACGUACAAGUAAUAUUGUAGGUACAAUUAUUUACUGCACAGUAGGCGUACGUGGCACAUUUUCUGUGCAUCUUGUUUCAUAUUAGGUAGCUGAUUCUAAUCAUCCAUCCAAAACCAUAAAGGACCGCUAGUUAUACUAGUCGAAACCAAUAAAAAAAUAAAAUAAAAAAUUUCAGUUGCACCUAAAAUGAUACUAAUACUUACUGUAUUAUACGCAUUUAUACAUAAUUCCAUCCAAAUAAAAAUUAAACAAUAACUAUUUUUGAUGACUAAAAUAUUAUAAUUCGCUUGUUAUCUGUAAUGACGUGUACAGGCACUUAGAGUAUUGAAGCCUGCAGAACUCUGGAUGUUCUUAAGCAGUUAAGGUGUCAAAAAUUGAUAAAAACAAUUAACUAUAAUAUGAAUAAAUUCAUCCUCUAAGUAAAAAAUUUAAAUAACACUUUGAAAAUAAAUUUCUGCAAAUUAUAGGUUGAAUAUUAUAUUUUUAUAUUACCCUUGAGUGUAAAUGUGUAAUAAUUAUAGCACGUUAUAAAAAUCAGUACUCAGCACACGCUUAUAAUACUUACGUACCUACUUAAUUCUAUACGAAAAUCAUUCUCUUCCAAUCGUAGUUAUAUAUUAUAUGAGUUUGCUCGAUUAAACGUAGGUACCGGAGAUUAAGUAUACUUACAUGUAACUUAUAAAAUAUUUUAAAUACUUAGGUACUUCGGUACUAACAUAAUUAGAUAAUAUUAAAACCUCGUAUAUUGAACUUUUAUAGUAUAUAAUAUAAUAAUACAUAAAAUGUAUACCAUAAAUAUAUUGUAAAUUUAACUGUAUCGGAAAUUUGUUUUAUUCAUUUACGAUUAUAUAUUUAUAUUAUAUAUUAGUUGAAUUCUUGUAAUUAUUGAUAAUGUUCGGCACACACGUUGAGUGUGCGACUUGUUUAUGUACCUAUACCUAUUAUUAUUUAUUAUUUAUGAUUUUUUUUUGUGUACACAAUACAUAGUAUAGCAUAUAAAUAAUAUACAAUAUGUAUUAACUAUGACUAUAAUAUUUUUGUGAAAAUGUCUACAUUUUGUUAAAUUAUAAUAUUAUUAUUAUCUAUGUCGA